AUGUCCGAAUCCCCCGAAAAACACGUGAGCAAGCGCGGUUGUCUUAAGUCGAAACGCUCUCGUUUUCUCUUGGCAAUUGUCGUCCUCAUUGUGAUAAUUGCUGCCGUUGUUCCCCCCGUUGUCGUCACAUCUCUCCGGAAGAAGAAUAACAGCAUGGGCCCCAAAGCGAAGGUGUUCGUUCCACUUUACGUGUACCCUGCUCCUGAGGCGUGGUCUCCGCUUGAAAAUGUGAUCUCUGCCCACCCUGAUGUGAACUUUACCGUCGUAAUCAAUCCAGGAAAUGGACCGGGGCCUAACGCCCUCCCUGAUGCCAAUUACACUCGCGAGAUCCCGAAGCUCACGGCUUACGAGAAUGUGCGUCUUUUGGGUUAUGUUCACACCACAUACGCAACACGCAAUGUCUCUUCCAUCCGCAAGGAUAUUCAGACUUACGCCGACUGGCCGACUAAUUCCUCAAACCCCAACCUGGCGGUUCGCGGAAUCUUCUUCGACGAAACACCCCAACAAUACGAACCUCAAACCUUGAGUUAUUUGCAAGGACUGACGGACUUUGUGAAAGACCUCAAGGGUCUUGGCCCAAAUCAAUUUGUUGUUCACAACCCUGGUGCCGUUCCCGAUUCUCGGUACCUGGCAACAGCCGAUUCGACCGUCGUCUUUGAGGCUGCUUACAACACUUUCCAGGAACGCCAGGGCGCCAAGUUGUUUACUGAUAUUGCAGACAGCAAUCGUACCCAACUUUGCGCCAUUGUGCACUCCGUGCCUGAAGAGGUUGAGGGCAAGUCGCUUCGCGGCCUUGUGAAAGAAGUACGCAAGGUUGCCGAUGAAGUGUACAUCACUCAUCUUAGCACAGACUACUACGCCUCCUUCGGAGACAAGUGGACCGAGUUUGUCGAUCUGAUGGCGGCUUAA